AUGAUGAAAUAUUCAACCAAGCGUGUUAUUAAAUACAGCUCUAACAUACCUUUAAUUUGUAACGAGCUUUCUGAAGAACCUUUAUCAUCAAAUAGUGGAUCAAGAGCAUCUACUGGAAGUAAUUCUACAUCAAACAGUGGGUCAAGAGCAUCUACUGGAAGUAAUUCUACAUCAGGCAGGAAGUCAAGAGCAUCAUCUAUUGGAAAUUAUCCUACCUCAAAUAGUGGAUCAAGAACGUCUACUGGAAGUAAUCCUACGCCAAACAGUGGAUCAAGAGCGUCAUCUACUGAAAGUAAUUCUACUUCAAACAAUGGGUCAAGAACGUCAUCUACUGGAAGUAAUUCUACAUCAAGCAAUUGUUCAAGAGCAUCAUCUUCAUCAAAUGUAUCAAAUUCUUCUAAACAUGACUCAUUAAUAUCUGGUGAUAAUUCAAAUCAUUCAAUCUCAUCAAAUGAUAGUGGUAAUAUUUUGCCGUGCUGGGACGAUUUAUUUAAUAGAGUUUUUAAGACGCUUCAACAUUCUAUAUUGGACAAUGAAAAUGAUAUUCGACAGUUAGAAAAGGAGUUAAAAAAACAGAGAGAGGAAUUGAAAAUGCAAAAUGAGUCGAUACAAAAGCUAAUUGAAUCACUACAUGAAGAUUUAAUAGUGCAAAAUGAAAGGUUGAGAACACAAAAUGAAGAAUUGAAAACACAAAAUAAAGAAUUAAAAAUGCAGAUUGAAAAAUUGAUGCAAAUUAAAGAACGAUAA